UUCGGAUUCAAUAUUUUGCUUGAAAUGAUUUAUUUACAGUUGGUUUCAAUUGCUAUAUUGCAACUUAUAUUACGUAAUUUGACAAACCUUUUUGUGGAAUAUAUUAAUGUGUUUGCUGCUCAGUAACACCGCUUGAGAAUGACGAAUACAGAACGAAACGGAUUUGUAAAAUUGUUUUACAACAUUUGGAAAUGCCUGGUGAGCUUUUUCUCAAGGAAUCAUUCAGAAACAAACACAGGCAUAUGUGACAAAUGUUUUGAUGCAAGAAAAAAAAUAUCUAUAGCCAGGAAAGAAUAUCUGAAGAAAAUGUUGGAUGACGAAGAAAAAGAGAGAAUUAAUGAUGCAGAUAAAAAGGAUAGUUUAUAUCAAUCAAGUGUAUCAAAGAAGAGACCCUCUAAUAUUUCUGAGCUCGACAUCAAAGCAAUGGAAGUCAACCCAAUUGACUACGACUAUCCAUUCGAAAACAUAGUAUUUGAAGGAGGUGGACUAAAAGGUGUGGCAUUUUGUGGAUCUAUACAGGUAUUAGAAGAGCUGGGUAUUUAUUCGAAAAUUAAAAGGUUUGCUGGUGCCAGUGCUGGGGCAAUAAAAGCAGCUUUGAUUUCUGUUGGAUAUAAUUCUGAAGAAACGGAAGAUUUCCUACAACAAGAUAUGAUUAAACUUUUCUUUGAUGGCCGUUUUGGAAUAUUCAGUUUAUUGCCAAACUUGCUAUCAGGAUUCGGUUGGCACCCAGGAAACAGAAUUUUGAAAGCCCUUGGUGAGGCUAUAGCCAGUAAAACAAAUGGAAAUCCAGACCUUACUUUUGCUGAGUUAUAUGAUUUGUAUGGAAAAGAACUAUGCAUAGUUGUAACUAAUUUAAAUCACAUGACAGAGGAAUAUUGCCAUGUUAAAACUACACCAAAUAUGCCAAUCAGACUUGCCGUUCGUAUGUCUAUGUCCUUACCAGGCGUGUUCAAAGCUACAAAGUAUACCCUAAAUAAAGAGACAAACACGUAUGUUGAUGGAGGACUCUUGUGUAAUUAUCCUAUACACUGUUUUGAUGAAUUUGUCAUUGAUGAUAUAUUUAAAGGUUGGUGGUUGUCAAUGAAACCCGAGGAUGGCUAUUUGGACAGAUUACAACCUUUAGAAGCGAUCCCAUCUUUACUGGAAAGGAAAAGUCGUUUUGCAUACGAUCCAAAAACAAACAAAACUCUCGGUGUAACAGUGUUUUCUGAUUAUGAAUCUGGCGUUUUCCGUUAUGCAUUAGAGAAAAGGUUGGGUGUUCAUCUCGACAAGUUUCCGGACACAAAGCUAGCAAGGAAAGUGUCACAAAAGAAGAACUGUCAGGAAACUACUCAGCAAGAAUAUCACAGAGUAACCAAAGCUGUCAAUGCUUUUCUCAAGGUUUUAAAGAAACAUAAUAUAGAUGGGGAUGAAGUUAUUGAUCGAGAAGAAUUUAUCAACGCUUUUCAAGAUGAUGAGCUAAAUAAAGUCCAUUCUAACUUACUAUUUGGAGAACAUUGCAGUGCUGAAUUGGCCUUUGAUGCCAUAGAUAAGGACGGGAAUGGAGAGGUUGUUUGUUCAUUGCAGAUAGAAUUUUCCGAAUUAAAAGAGUUCAUCGAAAAUUCUGGUAUUUGCCUGCAACAAAGAUUUCUCGGAUAUCAGAGACAGGAAAUUACUGGAUUGUUUUCGUUUUUUAAUGUACUUCAGGAUGCUCUUCUUCUUAACGUCAAAAAGGCUUUUGUUGCGGCAGAAGACCUGGACAGAACUGUUGGAAUAAAUACAGGUCACGUUGGAACGAUGGAUUUUCAGUUGGAACCAGAAGACAGAGCUUAUGCUAUUGAACAAGGAAGGAGGUCAAUGCUAAGUUUCCUGAAGUACUAUGCUGCAUCGAAAAAUCUGAAGAAAUGUCAGCGUUUUGAGAGUAUUUCAGAAGAGGGGUCAAAUACUAAGGACAUUCAACAUACUGAUCCGUCCUUCGUUUGUAUUGACAGUUUUCCUGAAGAUGACACUUGUUUCUUAGAAUCCAGAAAGAUGAAAAUAUGACCUCAAUAUUGUGUUUAGACUCUCGCAUUACUGUUGAGAUUCCUAGGCAGUGUUUAUGAACUAUGUAUAAAAUAAGGAGAUGCCCUGAUAUGUAGAUAAUAAUCAUUGUUAUUCAUUUAUGUAUAUAUAAUAUUGAACAUAUCAACACAUUUUGUAUUUCGUAAACAAUUUUUUAAGGUAAUAUGUCAAAAGCUUUUUUUUUGUGAUUGUACAUUGACUCAUUUAUGAAGUAGAUAUAUAAGCAUUAAUGAGGUGAGUGUCCGUUAGAUAGCAUAAAAUGAAUACUAUUGAUACUACUGUUUUACAUCUUGAUAUUUCCUGAAACGUCUUCGUAAUUGAAUUCGUUUUCGUCCAUUAAUGCAUGCAAGGACAAAUUAACUUAAAAUAAGAUCCUAACAAAACUGCAAGAAACCCUAAAAUACUUUUGUCAGUAUAAUUAUUAGAUUUCUAGAAAAAAAAACAUUUACUAUAAUCAUCAUACAUAAGUUUAAUUAUAUUUAUUGAUAGUGGAUUUGGAAACAAGUUCUGCAACUUAUAUUAAUCCCUGUCCACUUUGCGGGUGCGAGUGCUGCCUUGUAGCGGCAUUAACUGACUCUUUCUUGACAUCUACAAGAAUGUUUUUACGUGCAAGAGAUAUGGCUCUCUCUCUCUCUUAAAACGGGUCAGCAAUUUAUCGUCUCCUUCUGACGGACUAUUACCGUUUCCUCAAGACUCGCAAAUGCUGUCAAGAGAGAGCCGAAAAUUCAUUCCCUGAUUAAUCGUAGGUGCACCUACUGUGUGUCCAGGUUACUUAGUGCAGGUUCUGUAAUAUGUUUUGUUUUAUCUGUCUUAUGAUCUGUAUUAAUUAAAGAGUAAAUCAAUGGGCACUUCUCCAACUUAACCUUCAGACGUUAAGAAGAGUUUUUGUCCCCACUUUUAAAAUAUCAAUAAUGAUAUUGAUACUGAAUGAUAAUAAUAAUAUUAUAGUUUUUUAUUUCAAGAGAGUUCCAUCCAAAAAUUGUUAUAUCAUUACAUUCUUUAUGUCUCGCACAAUAUUUUAAAGAGAUGAAAGUUAAAAGCAAUUCCAAAGUGAAUAAUGUAUUAGAUUUUAUACAUUUUAUCAAGUCUAUAAUGAUUUUUUUCUCUUCGUUUUUUGGAAGAGCGUUUUUUCUUUCCCGCAAACUCAUCUCUU